UCUUCGGUAAAUCAAGGCGAUCCAUCAAUUCUUCUUUUCGCUUGUGUGCAGAUAGACGUCCGCCUUUUAUCCCCCGCUGGAAGAUAAACCGGCUAAGGAGUCGCCGUUUUUUCAAUCACAGUCCAUCCGGCGGAGGAUACCGCUAUAAUGGGUGUUUUUAACGGAACCGGACUUUAUAGCAGUUUUCGUGCGCGCAGAUUCUGAUAGAAAAAAAAAAACAAGCCGUCUUGACGCCCGCUAGCUAGCGUUUAGUUCUCGCCACUGUCCGUGUGGUGUCGGUGCUGUUUUGGUGAGAGUGCCCUCAAACGAGGGAUAUAUAAGGAGUCUUACUGGGAGACGGUCCUAAACCGCAAACAUGUCUGGGGCGUCUGUAAAAGUCGCUGUUCGAGUUCGGCCCUUCAACUCCAGGGAGACGAGCAAGGACUCAAAAUGUAUCAUUCAGAUGCAAGGCAACACCACAACUAUCCUCAACCCAAAAGCCCCAAAGGAACCAGCAAAGACCUUCAGUUUUGAUUACUCCUACUGGUCGCACACCACACCGGAAGACCCCAGCUUCGCGUCACAAAACCUCGUGUAUAAUGACAUUGGCAAGGAAAUGCUGCAGCAUGCUUUUGAGGGCUACAACGUCUGUAUCUUUGCAUAUGGCCAGACAGGAGCUGGCAAAUCCUACACUAUGAUGGGCAAGCAGGAGGAGGGACAGGAAGGAAUCAUUCCCAUGCUAUGUGAAGAUCUCUUUGAGAAAAUCAAUGAGGACAGCAACAAAGAGGAGCUCUCCUACUCAGUAGAGGUCAGUUACAUGGAGAUCUACUGCGAGCGAGUGCGAGAUUUGCUCAAUCCUAAGAACAAAGGGAACCUGCGAGUUCGAGAACACCCGCUACUGGGUCCCUAUGUAGAGGACCUGUCCAAGCUAGCUGUCACCUCCUACACAGACAUCGCUGACCUGAUGGAUGCAGGCAACAAGGCCAGAACUGUGGCUGCCACCAACAUGAAUGAGACCAGCAGCAGGUCCCAUGCGGUUUUCACCAUUGUCUUCACACAGAGGAAACACGACAGCGAGACAGACCUCUCCACAGAAAAGGUCAGUAAAAUUAGUCUGGUAGACUUGGCAGGGAGUGAGCGAGCAGAUUCCACUGGAGCUAAAGGUACCAGGCUAAAGGAGGGAGCAAACAUCAACAAAUCUCUCACCACGUUAGGAAAAGUUAUCUCUGCCCUGGCUGAAGUGGACAACUGUACCAGCAAGAGCAAGAAGAAGAAGAAGACUGACUUCAUCCCGUACAGAGACUCUGUUCUCACGUGGCUGCUGAGGGAGAACCUCGGUGGAAACUCCAGAACAGCUAUGGUAGCUGCCCUCAGUCCUGCAGAUAUCAACUACGAUGAAACCCUCAGUACACUCCGCUAUGCUGACCGAGCCAAGAACAUCAAGUGCAAUGCUGUCAUCAAUGAGGAUCCCAACAAUAAGUUGGUGCGUGACCUGAAGGAUGAAGUGGCUCGACUGAAGGAGCUGCUCCGUGCCCAGGGCCUGGGAGACAUCCUGGACAUUGAUCCUAUGGGGGAUGAUUGCCCAGGAAGUGGAAUCAAAUCCCCUAUUGGUUCCCUGACAGCCUCUCCAUCCUCUGGCUCACUAAGCAGCCAGGGAGGCCUGCAGUCAGUCACCAGCAUCCAAGAGCGCAUCAUGUCCACACCUGGAGGAGAGGAGGCCAUUGAAAGACUCAAGGAAUCAGAAAAGAUCAUCGCAGAACUCAAUGAAACCUGGGAAGAGAAACUGCGAAAGACUGAAGCAAUCCGCAUGGAAAGGGAGGCUUUGCUUGCAGAGAUGGGUGUGGCCAUCCGUGAAGAUGGAGGCACUUUGGGUGUAUUCUCUCCUAAAAAGACUCCACACUUGGUGAACCUGAAUGAGGAUCCUCUCAUGUCAGAGUGUCUGCUCUAUUACAUCAAAGACGGAAUUACAAGGGUGGGUCAGGCCGAUGCUGAGAGAAGACAGGACAUUGUUUUAAGUGGUGCUCAUAUCAAAGAAGAACACUGCAUCUUCCGCAGCGAAAGGAAUGCCAACGGAGAUGUCAUUGUGAUGCUGGUGCCCUGCGAGGGAUCAGAAACCUACGUCAACGGCAAGCGUGUUGAGGAUGCAAUCCAGCUUCGUUCAGGCAACCGUAUUAUUAUGGGAAAGAACCAUGUGUUCCGGUUCAACCACCCAGAGCAGGCCAGAGCUGAAAGAGAGAAGACGCCAUCCGCCGAAACCCCUGUGGAGCCGGUGGAUUGGACGUUUGCACAGAGAGAGCUCCUGGAAAAACAGGGCAUUGACAUGAAGCAGGAAAUGGAGAAAAGACUCACUGAGAUGGAAAUCUUGUACAAAAAAGAGAAGGAAGAGGCAGAUCAGCUUCUGGAACAACAGCGGCUGGUUUACGAGAGCAAAUUGCAGGAACUUCAGAAACAGGUGGAGACUCGUUCUCUGGUAGCCGAAACACCUGAUGAAGAAGAGUUGGAGGAGGAAGAAGAAGAGGAAGUGCCGUGGACUCAGCACGAGUUUGAGCUGGCUCAGUGGGCGUUCAGGAAGUGGAGGUACCAUCAGUUCACCUCCCUGCGUGACCAGCUGUGGGGGAACGCGGUGUACCUGAAAGAGGCUAAUGCGAUUAGCGUGGAGCUGAAGAAGAAAGUCCAGUUCCAGUUCGUCUUGCUGACAGACACGCUGUACUCUCCGUUGCCCCCUGAGCUCCUGUCGCCAGAGCCAGAGAAAGAGCGUGACCCCAGACCUUUCCCUCGCACCGUGGUGGCCGUAGAGGUUCAAGAUCUGAAGAAUGGAGCCACGCACUACUGGUCCCUUGAAAAACUCAAGCAGCGGCUGGACCAGAUGAGGGAGAUGUAUGACCGCGCCGGAGAAAUGGCCUCCACUCACCAGGAGGAUGGCGAAGGCUCUCUGACAGGAAACGACCCCUUCUACGACCGUUUCCACUGGUUUAAACUUGUCGGGAGCUCCCCCAUCUUCCACGGUUGCGUUAAUGAGCACCUGGCCGACCGCACGCCCUCGCCCACGUUCUCCACCACCGACUCUGAGAUCACAGAGCUCGCCGACGAGCGCCAGAGCGAGAUGUCCGACUUGAUCGACGACGAGGCGUUUGUGGACGACACCAGCUCGGACGCCGGCACCGAGGAGGGCUCGGACAUCUUCAGUGACGGCCAGGACCCCUUCUACGACCGCUCCCCGUGGUUCAUCCUGGUGGGAAGAGCUUUCGUGUACCUGAGCAACCUGCUGUACCCCGUACCACUGGUUCACCGUGUUGCCAUAGUAACAGAGAAGGGCGAGGUGCGUGGUUUCCUGCGCGUGGGGGUCCAGGCUAUAGCUGCUGACGAGGAGGCUCCAGACUACGGGUCAGGAGUUAGACAGUCAGGAACCGCCAAGAUUUCCUUUGAUGAUGAAUACUUCAAAAAGAACGACUUUCCUUCUACGGUUAUGACCCGCUCCGGCUUGUCUCUGGAAGAGCUUCGCAUUGUGGAGGGCCAGGGUCAGAGUUCAGAGGUCAUCACCCCCUCAGAGGAGCUCAACAGAAUCAAUGACAUGGACCUCAAGCUGGGAAACAUUGCAGACACCAAGCUGAGUCAUGGCGACGGGCUGGCAGGCCAGCUGGAGGUGGGCAGUAUCUUUACCUUUCGUGUUACUGUGCUCCAGGCUAGCGGAGUUCCACCUGAGUACGCCGACAUCUUCUGCCAAUUCAAUUUCCUGCAUCGCCACGAUGAGGCUUUUUCCACUGAGCCUCUGAAGAACGCCGGCAAAGGAGCUCCUCUGGGCUUUUACCACGUCCAGAAUAUUUCAGUCGAGGUCACGGAGUCCUUUAUUGAAUACAUCAAGAGCAAACCCAUCGUGUUUGAAGUGUUCGGCCACUACCAGCAGCACCCACUGCACCUUCACGGCCAGGACCUGAUCAGUCCUCCAACCCCAUCGAGGAAAUACUACCCCAUCCCCAUGCCUCUGUCUAAACCAGUUCCAGCCACCAAGCUGAACACCAUCACCAAGUCCAACCUGGGUCAGUGUGUCAGCAAGUAUGAUCUGCUGGUCUGGUUUGAGAUCAGCGAGCUGGAGCCCACUGGAGAGUACAUCCCAGCUGUAGUGGAUCACAGUGGAGGACUGCCCUGCCAUGGCACCUACCUGCUGCACCAGGGGAUCCAGCGGAGAAUCACGGUGACUCUCAUCCAUGAGAAGGGUAGCGAGCUCCACUGGAAGGACGUUCGCGAGCUGGUUGUGGGUCGUAUCAGGAACAAGGCUGAAGUGGACGAUAGUGCAGCGGAUGCUGUCCUGUCCCUUAACAUCAUUUCUGCCAAGAACAUCAAGUCAUCCCACAACACCAACAGGACUUUCUAUCGUUUUGAGGCAGUGUGGGACAGCUCCCUGCACAACUCCCUCCUGCUAAACCGAGUCACUCCUUAUGGAGAGAAGAUCUACAUGACCUUGUCUGCAUAUCUGGAGCUGGACCACUGCAUCCAGCCUGCAAUUAUUACCAAAGACAUCUGCAUGGUCUUCUACUCCCGAGACGCCAAGAUCUCUCCUCCCCGUUCUCUCAGGAACCUCUUCGGGAGUGGAUACUCCAAAACUCCUGACUGCAACCGAGUCACUGGCAUCUACGAGCUGAGCUUGUGCAAGAUGUCUGACACCGGAAGUCCAGGGAUGCAGAGGAGGAGGAGGAAGAUCCUGGACACAUCAGUGGCUUAUGUGCGAGGAGAGGAGAACCUGGCCGGGUGGAGGCCCAGAGGAGACAGCCUAAUCCUGGAGCACCAAUGGGAGCUGGAGAAAAUGGAGCAGCUGCAUGAGGUGGAGAAGACCCGUCAUCUCCUCCUGCUGAGGGAGAAGCUGGGAGAGGCAGCUCCAGUGGGAACAGCUCCGACCACCAAGUCCCUGAGCGAGAGUCUGUCGCCCAGCAUGAGCUCAGGCACCCUGUCCACCUCCACCUCCAUCUCCUCGCAGAUCUCCAGCACCACCUUUGAAAGUGCCAUCACGCCCAGCGAGAGCAGCGGCUACGACUCCGCUGACAUCGAGAGCCUGGUGGAUCGUGAGAAGGAGCUGGCUACUAAGUGCCUGCGCCUCCUGACACACACCUUCAACAGUGAAUACAACCAGGUGGUCAACAGCAUCAGUGACUGCAAGCUCUCUGACAUCUCACCCAUGGGACGUGACACAUCAGUGACCAGCUUCAGCAGUGCCACCCUCACCCCCUCCUCCACCUGCCCCUCUCUGUCCGACUCCCGCUGUGGCUCCAUAGACCAGAAGACCCCAGAGAACAGCUCUCGUGCCUCCAGUCCUUCCUGCUCAGACUAUGAAAACUUUCCAAUGGUUCCCACUCUGGAGACGUCCUACCUUGCCCGAGCUGGAAAGAACGAGUUCCUCAACUUGGUGCCUGAUAUUGAAGAAAUGAGGCCAGGAUCUGUUGUGUCCAAGAAGGGUUUCUUGAGCUUCAUGGAGCCACGCUCAAACUCGUGGGUGAAGCACUUUGUGGUUGUUCGCCGGCCCUACGUCUUCAUCUACAACAGUGACAAGGACCCAGUGGAGCGAGGCGUCCUCAACCUCUCCACAGCGCAGGUGGAAUACAGCGAAGACCAGCAGGCCAUGCUUAAGACUCCCAACACGUUUGCUGUGUGCACAAAACAUCGAGGAAUCCUCCUGCAGGCCAACAACGAGAAAGACAUGAACGACUGGCUGUACGCCUUUAAUCCUCUGCUAGCAGGAACGAUAAGAUCUAAGCUGGCGAGGAGGCGCAGCGGCCUGACGAAGAACUGAGUGAGUCGAGUGGCGCACAGGAAACCACGGCUUCCAUUCUUUCUGAAAAGCCUUUGAACAUACCAAGUGUUAACACUUAUUAAUCAUUGUGAUUCUUGACGGUUUUCUCUUGUAAGUAGACUUGUGGCUUAAGUCUCCUUUCAUGCGACUAAAAGUUUCAGUUCCAGACAAAUUUGCCUCUCCCCCCCUCCCCCCUUCCUCCUCCAGCCACCCUCUGCCGACUUAGCUUUCCUCCUCUCUAUUUCCUCCCCCCUCAGCUUUUUGUGUUUCUGUUUUUUAUGACGAUGUUUGGGUCUAAUUUUCGUCCCGCUUUGUUGUCAUUCCCAAACUCCCCUAACUAGUAGCAUGUUGUAGUAGUCUACUUGUGUGUGCACGACUCUUCAGAAGCUGUUCUUUCUGGCCACUAAUUUUCAGUUUGCCAAUCAUCUCUGUAAAAAAGCGAGAAAAAAAAUGUCUAUAUCAGUGUUAUUUGUCUCCCAAAACAACUUUUAUUUUUGGGUUGUUGUUUUUUUUUAUAUAUUAUGCUGGCAUGUUAACUGCAGCAGUCCUCAGGAGAAGACCAACUUUAAUCACUGGAAGAAAAAAAAAGAAACAAAUCAGAUAACCUACUGUUGAAAUCAUGAAGGGAAUAAGUACAAAUAUCUCCAAGUGAUGUAUUAGUUUAUGCUCUGCUACAUGAACUAUUGCUGCUAAGAAAUUUCUAGGGAUUUUUUUUUGUUUUCUCGUCAUGAGAUUUGCAUCAGGCCGCUGCCUCUUCCUAAAGCAGACUCCCGCCUCCCCUCCGAACCGUCUCCUAAACAAAAAGCUCUAAAUUUGUCAGCGAGACAUGAGGGCAGGAAUGGAUUUCUUGGUGAUAUUUAGAUCCAACUCCUCAGUCUGUGUACAUAACUCCAAAAAAAAAAAACCCCAAUAGUGCCAGUGUCAGUCAGUCAGUUAGUCAGUGAGUAAGCACUCAUGCAUUUGUGUCAACAUCGAAAAAUUCACGCUACAACGAGCAAAAAAUGUAAGAAUCUCACAUCUCCGCGGAUUUGUUCCUGCAGGAGUAGAUAUUUGUUGUUUUUGCUUUUUUCAUCUCAAGAAAAAAAAACAAAAAAAAAACAGGGUUUCAAGGAGGCGAUGGAUUUGGGAGGAGGAAGAUGGACAGCGUUAAAAAGAGAGAAAGAGAGUUUCAUUUGUACAUACAGUCCGUUCUGGGAUCAGUGUGGUAGCUCAUUUAAGACAUUCCUCUUUAGCUCCUCUAGCUUACACUAACACGCUGAGACCUCCAGAGAGCCGCGCUAACGUUCAGUUGAACCUUCACGCAAAAAAAAAAGACAAAACUCGAUGAAGUGGGAGGAAGAAGCGAGAAAGAGAAUGAAGCAGUUUAGCUGAGGAAGCAUAUCGCCUGCAGGACAGAUACAGAUUCAGUCUCCCGUCGCCGUCACACCAGCGUCGGGUUCAAAUCUCUAAAGUGAAGUGCUGCACCACAGGUUGUUCAUAUUCGAUUUGUGUUCUCGAAUUGAAGCUCAUCUAACUCUCAUUGUGUUGACUUUUGUUUUUUAUUAACAUCUUUUUUUUUUUCCUCUCUUAUUCUUUUAACCAUUCCUCAGUGAAGUUUUAUACGAAAUGUAACAGAGGGCAUUUAUUUCUUAAUUUGUAACCGACAUCAUGUAUUUGGUGUUUAACCUUAUUUUGCACAUUAACACAUAUCUAUAGCAAAAAAGUCUAAAAGGCAGAUCGCAUAUGUUGAGUCCAGGUUUAUUUCUGAGCAUCAGGAACAAUGACAAGAGCACAUAUCAGAGGCUACACUGGAUGAUAGCUGUUUCUCAAAAGGUUUACUAGAAAGAAAGACGUGAUAUUAAAGGGACGACAUAUUCAAAGGUUUUAUUUCUUGAUGCUGUUCGUGAAAAUGUUUGCUCUGCGCCGCGAGUGCUGCACUUGGGAGCCUCUGGUUCUACUAAUGAAGGAGAUGUGUGUUUAGAAAUGCAGAUGGGCGUUAAUAAACUCUGGCCGACCAACCAGCAGUACGCCUACUGUGUCAUAUGAAAGGGAAUUUAAGGUGUAAAGUAGAAACAGAGGCACCCAUUGCCUGUGUUAGCGUAAUUCUUGGUGAUUUAUCUUCAUUGUAAAAGACACAAAACUUUCCCCUCAAAACUGAAAAAUGACAUAAAGUCGCCUGCCCUCAGGUCAACCAACCUGCUGGUCAGAGAAACAAAAACCUGCUUUAUCCUCAUUUUCUGGGAAAAACACUUUCCCUGCCCCACAUGAAGACAUAACGACGAAGCAUCUAUGCACUGAUCGAAGCUCCAAGUGCACCGUACCUCACAAAAACCCUCAAGAACCGAUACGAGCGCCUGUCAGAGCAAACAUUCUCACCUCAGUGACUAAUUUGCAGAGGUAUAUUAUUUUGGAUUGUGUAUUUAUUGUUUGCAAUGUACAUAUUAGUUUGCAGCUCUUUGCACAUAUUAAUAAAAGGUUCAACUAACUGAUCAAAUAAAGUCUGUGCGGUUUAGUUGUUCUGCUCAUAAUGAACCAAAUGUCGGCGUGGCAGCCUCUUCCAGUCCCAUCUGGGAGAGAGUUGAAUGUAAAGAUGUGUUUUUUUUUUUUUUCCUUCUUUUAAAAAAAAAGGAAAAAGAGACCUAAAAUGUAACCCACCGCACCUCCUCGCAGGACGCGGGUUACAUUAGUGCUUCCUCUUUAUCGGAAAGCGGUUUGAGCGAAUCGAAUAUUUACUCACUACCCAUCCUAACUAACCAGCCGUCAGAAUUCUAUCACAUGAAGACAAAACAGGUGGUUUCUAACUCAUUUUAUUUUUUCUAAUAUCAGGGAAUAUAACACAAAGUAGCUAGUGAAAAUCGAAAAUGACAGUAUACUAUCGUUUGUGUCUUUCUUCAACUCAACACUUUAUUUUGUUUUUUUCCGUUGAUGCCUUUAACUAGCCAUGAUAUUUUCCAUCCCCCCCCCUCCUCCUCUGACGAUUAAUAUCAGUUAACUCCCUUUUCGGAUUUGUUCACCAAAAAAGAAAAAAAAAAGACAAAAAAAGACAAGACCAUGACAUUAACACUGUACAUUAUUUGUCAUACUGGUUUCAUUUUCAUACUUAUUUUGUAAAUAUCUGUGUUGUAUGGAGCUUGAACUAAAAUGUAAAUAUGUUUACUGUAUUUGUAAUAAUUAUAAUCCAUUCGCUGUAUAGCAUAGAUGUGUCAUGCAGAUAUCCUAAUUCUGUGUAUGGUAAUCUUGCACCAUUGAACUGUUUAGUGAAUGAGGCAACAAUAAAAAGUGCAAACUGUGCAUUAGCAGAAGA